CUUGCUCUUCGUAUUGCAUUUCCAUCGCUUCACCUUUCAACGGCCUGUACUGACUGUACAUCCAUCCCACAUGGUCUGACUUGAACCUUCUACCGGCCUUGUUCAGAAAUCAUGACCGGCCACAUCGUCGACACGGUCAGAGAGGACCAUAACGAGAUCCAAGCUUGCUAUGGCCGCAUCGUGAGCUCGGCCGAUCGACAAGAGCAGAUCCGCUUCCAGAAUCUUUUCACCUGGGCGCUGGCACGCAACACCGUCGGCAAAGAGCUCGUCGUCUACCCUGCCUAUGAGAAACACCUCUCGGCCGGGGCGGCGACAGCAGAGAAACGCCGCAAGCAGAAUCACACCGUCAAAGAGCAUCUGAAGAAAUUCCAGACCCUGGAUCCGACCCACCCCACUUUCAUCCCCACUGUCAAGGGUUUAAUGGAAGUGUUGAGUCCGCAGAUGCGGGAAGAAGAGAACAACGACCUGGUCGAUCUCGAACAGGUCCUGUCCGAUCACGACAGCAUCAGCCUGUCCAAGUCGUUCAACCGGACCAAGAUCUUCAUGCCGUCGCGGGCGCAUCCCAGUGCCCCCAAUAAGCCGCCGUUUGAGACGGUCGUCGGACUGUUGACGGCGCCGAUUGAUCAGUUGGGGGAUUUGUUUCGGAAGUGGCCUCAUGAGAAGGAUGUUCAAACGUGAUCAGUUGAUUGACUAGUUUAACCCGUCUGUCCUUUUAUUUCAGCUCCGGUUCCCAUUUUGGGAUCUGUCUUGGUGGGGAGCCAUAUUCUACUAAUGCUCGGU